ACACGCUCGCGAGUGAUCGCUUUUGCCGCUUUACCUUAUCGACUCCAUUCGCGUAUCGCACCUCCUCCCUCCUCCCUGCCGCCGCUCGGUGUUUUAUUCCGGCAGCAAAACCAGCUUUCGAACACCUUGACACGACCUUUUUAUUGAGAUACAUUUCAUUGAUAACGAUGAUGAACCCAUACAUCAGCUGGGCCAUUGUGCUCGUUGUAGCAGGUAGCCUAGGAUGGUACUACAGCGAAGUAAACACCAAACCGAAGACCUCUGCAAAGGCCGUUCUAGAAAAAACAGAACCCGUGGCCCCUGCAAAAAAGCAAAAGCGAAAGGCGAAGAAAUCCCCCGAACCUGCUUCCGCUCCAGUUAGCGAGAAGCCUACAUUUGAAUUCAAGGCCCCCGAGGAGGAUGAGAUUCCGGAUGAGGAGAUUGACAAGAAGGAGCUGGCUAAGCGGUUUGCCGCUGUGAAGAAUGGCACUUCAUCCGCCCAAUUUGCUAGUGGUGAGAGCAAGAGCCAGAAGAAGAAGAAGAGCAAGGCUGCUGCUAAGCUCGAGCCCAACAAUGGCGAGCGCUCUGCCUCCCGCGUUUCCACCAGGACUUCGUCAACUACCGGAGCUGAUGCUGAUGAUGACCUUUCAUCCGCUGGUUCCCCUCGGGUGAACGCCACUGCCGCCGGUUAUGUCUCUGACAUGCUCGAGGCCCCUACUCCUGGCGCCUCCGUCCUCCGGGUGACCGGCAACAUUGACUCUAGCUCCCAGAAGAAGAAGGCUAAGCCCGAAAAGUUCAAGGAAGUGGAAACCAAGAAGCAGCGUCAGCAGCGUCAGAAGAACGAAGCCCGGAAGCAAGAAGUUAAGGCCGCCGAGGAGGAGCGACGAAAGCUACUUGAGAAGCAGCUUCACACUGCCCGCGAGGCCGAGCGCCGUGAAGCCACCAAGUCGGUGGCUGCCAACGCCGCUGCCAAUGCCUGGGCGCCCAAGUCCACAAACGGCACUCAUCGUUCCUCCCAGUCUCCUCAGCCUGCGCAGGUUCCCAAGGUUGAACUGCUGGACACAUUUGAGCCUAGUUCAACUUCCACCCAGUCGCCCGCUACAUCUCAGCAAUGGAACCAAGGGCUCCCUUCAGAGGAGGAGCAGAUGCGUAUUCUCGGUGCUGGUAACGGCGAGGAUGCGUGGACCACAGUUGGUACCAAGAAACCCAAGAAGAAGGGCGGAAAGACGGAUGAAAGCGAAGCGAGCGCUUCUGAAAGCCAGCCAGUUCCUGCCGCCCCAGCUCCUGUUCAGCCCAAGGUCAAGAUAACGCCGACCUACCUCCCUGACGUCCUUCGAUCCAACAAAAAGGGACACCCUCUCGACUCCGACUGGGCUGCUUAAAUUUGCCGCCAUAUCCUAAUCACUACCAUCAUGGGACGGAAGACAUCGUCCAUGCGCCGAGGAGACUCCUACAAACCGAAGAAAACUCUCCACUAAGGACUGUACUUAUCACUUUGGAUUACGGCGUCGGGGGUGCAACAUUAUAGCCACUGCGUAUAUGGCAUUAUGGUCUGCUUUUAAGCAGCUUCGUCAGAGAAAGGAUUUGAAGUUGACAAGUGACGCAAAGGCCCACGAAGAAAAGAAGAAAAGCACCAGCCAACGCACGAAGAAAAAAAGACUCUCGUAUUAGAUUCAUGUAUUCUCUCGACCCUGUUUUGAACCCUUUCUUCUCCCUUCACUGCACACAUACUUUUGUUCCAAAUUGGAGUGCUCCUCCUGGUUUCGGCCAAUUUUAGGAAACGGAGACUUUUUUAUUUCUGAUUUUGUGUAUUCUACAUAUUUGUACUGUUAGUCCGGACACUGCGUCAAGACUUGGAGAGUGUAUGAUCUUGAAUUACGAAUAGGCAUUUCUGUUUUAAUUCUUGGGUCCUUUGUUUUUGUCUUAUUCUGUUUCAUAUGCACGACUUGCGAACCUCCUAGGGCAGGGUCACAGAUCGGAUGAAGAUCAUGGCGUACCUUGCUUCUGUGGGGUUUGCUCAAUCAUUCUGCCGCGGGCUGUCUGACUACUGUCUCAUAAUUUGGAAGGGAGCCAUCCGUAAGGAAUUCAGGCCCAAAUCAGCUGUAAC